GCAGUGUUCCCCUCUCAACUGCUGUUGUACUACCACUCAUAUUAUCCACUGCUGAAUACUAAACGCUCAGAGCUUGCAGAUUUUACACCUGCUACAGGAAUAAAAAAUGGUUACAUCACUCGAGGUGCCACUGCCUACCGGCCAAGAGAAUAAGAAGCCUGAUGGAGGGAAACAGGAUGACGGAGAGAAAAAAGAAGAGGAUAACAGAGAGAUAACAGAAGGGGAUGACAGAGAGAAAACAGAAGAGGAAGAGAAAGAAGCAAGGAAGAAGAUACGGGAUGAGGAGCACAAAAGAUGGCUAAUGUUUUAUACAGCCCGGAUGAGGCACAUUGUUCCUGGUCUCGUUCUGGGUAAUGUCCAGGCCUCAUUCAAUCCAGAUAUGCUUCGAGAGAAUGGCAUCGAUGCUAUAGUCACACUUUGUGCUGAUAGAUAUGCAAAGUGGAAGAGCCACACGAGAAAAGUGGUUCCAGAACAUCGUCACAAAAGGGUCCAGUGUGCGGAUUCAUCGACACAGGACCUUCUAACUCACAUGAGCGACACCUGUGACUUCAUCGAACAGAUGGCUUCUCCGACCUUACGGUCAUCAUCUACUUUGCCAAAAGCAGAGGAGCACGAACUGAGUGAUGACUCGCGCACCGCACGUCCAGGGGCUGUAUUGGUUCACUGUGUUUUGGGAAUAUCACGUUCUCCAACUAUGAUUAUUGCAUAUCUCAUGCGCAAAUACGGUAUCAAGCGAGAAGAUGCACUGGCAUUCGUUAUGACGAAGCAGAGAGUCAAACCUAGUGCUAAUUUUACCCGACAACUUGAAAUAUGGGAGGAGGUGGGGUAUCAAGUGUGGGAGGAUGAGGAGAGGACAAUUCCGAAAGCACCAUACCAAGCAUUUCUGGAUGGCCGAGCAGCUCUUCUGAAAAAGUUGGGACUCACAGGAGAUGAACCCCUCACGCUCCUGACCCUUUGAAUAAUGGCCGACCAUAGGAAGGUUGCGCUUCAGCGCCUAUUAACCGCUAGAUCGAGAUUCACUGAGCUUCCCCUGAGAUUCACCACAGAAAGAGCCAUGCUUUAUAUUCACUCUGCCCCCAAGAUACUAACAGGGAAAAGGAGAAAAAAAACCGUAUUUGCCUGCUUUCUUUAACUUCUUUUUGAUCAACACAAUACACAAUAACAUGAUCUACAUCCGCUUCCUAGACAUACCGCAAGGAUGUCCGGCAUGCAGGCUGACAAUGAAGAGUGCCUAUCUCUUGUCGAUGAGAUGGAAAUUGAAUACAAGGGCCGAGACAUUUACACCUUCGUAAACACUGUUCCUGAUAAGAUCUUUCAAACCGACAAUAUGGGACUUUGGGCGCAGACUAUCUCUGGCGAAACAAAAAUCAAUCUGGGGCUGCCCUCUAUAAGGGCAUGGCUCAAACGACUCGCGGAAAACGGCCCUGGCCCAUUUGAGGAAUACUACGGGGUCAAAUAUAGAUUCGUUAAGCAGUCUCUUAAUCCCGGAUCUAGCACUCAGAUGUCAACACUGAGCUGAAUGGGCGAGCCACUUUGCAGCAAUUUUUUAAUUGUUUUUGUCUUUUUUAUUUUAUUUUAUGGAGAUUUCAG